AUGCCGCCCAAGAAGUCGGGCGCGGCCAAGAAGGGCAAGAGCUCCAAGGGCUCGUCGGACGCUGACAGGAACCCGCUGCUGGACUUCGACAACAGGUUCUGCGAGGACUGCGGCCAGUGGACACACAGCGAGGAUCGAGAUGGCCCCAAAGGCCAGGUGACAUGGCUGAAGUGGCACAAGAGGAACCACACCUCCAAAGGCGAAGUUUUGACGGGCGACCAGUGCUACGGGUGUUACGGGGCUCAGAGGAAGAUCCUCGGAACCAGAGUUACCCUCGCAGAUGCCCGUGCGACUCGAAAGAAUGAUCCUGCCAUCGAUGAGAAGAUCGUGAACUGCCGCAAGGGUUUGGUAGAUGGCACUGGCAAGCACGCCAGGACCGACGGGCUGACCAUCAACACGCAGAAGUCGGAUAUGAAGUUCAACCAGGACUUCGACUCUGGCAUCUUCCAGCCGAUCCAGUACGUCGGCAGGACUCGUUCCCCUUAUCAAAUGAUCUGGAACCUCAAGUGGGAGUCGCAGGAAAACCUCAUCCAGCAGAUCGAGGCGCGCGGGACAGAGGUCGUGGAGGACGAUUGUGGCGUUCUUGGCAUCGAGGUAUCCGACGUGUCUGGGGUGGAGUUCGGGGCAUGCAGGUUCAAGCGUGGCAGGGAGAGAGCGAGCACGAAAGUCAAGACCGAGGGUGCCAGCCUCGUCGACCCAGGUCGUGAGGCCGAUGAGACCCUCGCCGACGACAAGUCUGUCAGAUCACAGGCCACCUCGGCGAGGUCGGCGGUCACUAGCGUUCCACCUGCGACGCCAGCUCCCUCCCUGAAGAAGAAGGCUACCUUGGAGGACGCGGAGAAGAAGUACCAUUGGGGGGGGCACUGGGGGCUCAGGAACCGCGAGAAGGAGUUCCAGGCGUUCAUCGCGCGCCUGCAGCGUGCUGGCAAGGCUACAGGGGGCAUGGCAGGCAGCCAAGCUGCGUUGGACAUCAGCGCCAGGAUCUUCGCCAUGGCGGACGCAUUGGAAGCCAGACAGGGUUUGCUCGACAAGAUCGGCGGCAAGCCUCGCGAGUUUUACGCUUUCGCCUCGGCGCCACUCUCACAGGAACACUCGGAGAUGAUCAAGGGUGCGCCGAUGGAGCUCGUGUCCACCAUCCUCGCCCUGAACCUCAACGCUCUCAUCGACAAAGUCCCGACCAAUCCCGAGUACGUCGGCGCACUCCUGUCGGCGCUCACCGUCGAGAGUUCGAAUACGCUGUCAUUGUCCACCUUAUUGGAGUGCGGCGAUGCUGAUAGGGCGAAGGCUCAGGCUGCCAAGCUCCAAACGUCACUCGUAUUGGCCCUGGGGAACGUCGUUUUCAAGAUUACCGACGAGUCCGCGAUCGGCCUUAUCAGCCAGAAGAUCGUGACUGUAUUCCCGAAGCUGGCCGAUUCCAUCUUCGGCAUGGACAUGGGCUCCGCGGACUUCGUGAACGGCUUGGCCCCGCAGGCAGCCAUGGACCUGGGUGCCAUGUCGAUCGUCGCCCAAGUUCUCGACCACAUGAGGGCGGCGGGCGCUCACGGACCCGUGUUCCCAGCCCAGCUUCGCCACUCGAUCGUGAAGUUGGUGUCCAGCGUGGCGAAAGUCUCGGCCAGGAUGAAGGUUAAUUUCAAGUCCCGGGCGGGUUCCCAUGCCACCCAUGGCAAGAAAGCAUGGGAAGAGAUGUGCAGGAUGACCGAUGCCGCUGCCAAGCACCAGGAGGACACAUCCCAGAACGAGUUCGUGAAGAGAGCCAGGGAGCUUGCGCAUCAGGUGCGAGUGGGCGGGCCCGAGAAAGCGUACGAGGCACUGAUCGCGGUAUGCGAACUGCCCAGCGAGGCAUGCAAUUUCGGCGACUUCUUCAGCCAAAGAGGCGUCGCUGAAGAUUCUGAUUCACCAGCAAAGGGAGAUAUUCUCGAGGUCUGCAACACGUUCUGCGAUGGAACGCUGCAGCUGUUCAACGUGGCGGUCGACCUUACCAUGUCGUUCAACGAUUUGUUCACUGGCAUCUAUGAGGGAUCUGGGUAUACGCCGCCUCUGACGGACAGGCAAGUGAACCCCGAUGAAGAAGAGCCUGACCAGUACGAGAUGUUGAGGGUGUUCCACACCGCUUUCAAGACCAUGCAGCACUUUGACUUGAACGAGGGGGACGCGAACGUGGUGUACCACCUCAUGCACCGCUUCGAGGUCGCCGCCAAGCUCUACGACGCGAGGGAGAGCGAGGGCAAGACCGACUGCAAGGAGGUGGUUGAGGUUUGGACGAUGGCCUUGCAAGCUGAGCACAAGAUGAAAUUGGCUUUGAGAUCGAGACCGUUGCCGACCACCUGCCCAACUGCACCAUCUGCACUGCUGAUCCUGCGCAACAUUGGGUUUCUGUACAUGGACGAUCGCUUUCGGAGCGUGCUGCUACACAGGGUGUUGGCGCUCCCGCCUGAUGAGCAGAAGACGCUGAUCGGCAUACUGGACACGAAGACCAACGUGCUCCCCAAGAGUUCUCUCGAGGCCUUGACGUUUGCCAAGACGCUGGUGCGAGUGGCAGACGCAGAUGAGCGUCAACGAGCUGGUCGCUCAAGCGGCCUCGUCGGGCUCAACUCGCUGCUCUCCGACAUCGCGACGGCGAAGGCUGACUUCAAAGAGGCAUGUGACGACAGCGCACUCGUGGAGCGUGUCUUGAAGCACGCGGAGGCGGAGUGGGACACCUUGUUCAAGCAAACGAAGGCUGCCAUGGACUUCAUCUCGUCGCUCAAGCUGGACUUCGUGGAGAAGUACGGGGCGCUGUACGAUGCGAUCGACAAGUGGGAUUUCCAGGAGGUCGGCUGGUUGACAAAGCCUUCCGGCACCAAGGAUCGAAACACGGGGAGUCAGAUCGCGACUGCAGUGGCCCAGUUCCCGACGACGUCCAAGGUCGUCGAAAACGUGUGCGGCAACAUCAAGUGGCAGGAGAGCGCCAAGAGCCAGGCUAUGAUCCAGCUUCAGGCCGCCUUGCCGACGGCGAAGGAGACGCUGGGGCAGGCCGCGAAGCUAGCGGCGUGCAUUGCUCUGGCUCACUUGCUCGUGGUCGGCGGCAGCAAGGCCGCCGUGUCGGACUACGACCAGACCGUCAAGUGGACGCAGUCGUGCUUAGGAGUUUCGCACGGCGAGCUCCCCUCGAAGCUCCGCGAGAAGCUUGAGGAGCUCAAGAGGUCGCUGCUCGGGGACCCCAUCAACAAAGCUACGGAGUCGAAGUUCAAGGAUUGCGACGCCAUCUCCGUGGCGACCUCGUCGGCAGCGACCGCGGCAACGAGCCGCCAGAACAGGAAGAGGCGGGCCAAGACGGCAUUCAACCAGGCGGUCGUCGCCGACUGA